CAAUGUUGGUAAACGUCAAAGAAGGUUAGCGUCGAUUUGGACGAAAUUGCGGCAAAACUCCAGGAUUCUGAGGCAGGAGAUCGACAAAAUAAAGUAACAAGGAUAGCGAGAAACCCGCAUCAAGAUGUACGUGAAGAAGCUAGUGCUCGACGGCUUCAAAUCUUACGGUCGUCGCACGGAAAUCGAGGGAUUCGAUCCGGAGUUCACGGCCAUCACCGGUUUAAACGGUUCUGGAAAAUCAAACAUCUUGGACAGCAUCUGCUUCGUGCUUGGCAUUACCAAUCUGAGCAAUGUUCGAGCUGCCGGUCUGCAGGAGUUGGUGUACAAAAACGGACAGGCGGGCAUUACAAAGGCGACGGUGACCAUUGUUUUUGAUAAUACGAAUGCCGCCAUGUGCCCACAAGGAUAUGAGAAGUGCCGUGAGAUUUCCGUGACCCGCCAAGUGAUAGUCGGUGGCAAAAACAAGUUCUUGAUCAACGGAAAGCUGGUGCCGAACAAGAAGGUCCAAGAUUUCUUUUGCUCCAUUCAGCUAAAUGUCAACAAUCCCAAUUUCUUGAUCAUGCAAGGCAAGAUUCAGCAAGUUCUCAACAUGAAGCCCAAGGAGGUUCUUUCGAUGGUGGAGGAGGCAGCUGGCACCAGCCAGUACAAAAGCAAACGAGAGGCUACUAAGACGCUUAUCGAGAAAAAGGAGACCAAGGUGAGAGAAACCAAAGUUCUACUCGACGAGGAAGUGCUGCCCAAGUUGAUGAAACUGCGACAAGAGCGCUCCGCCUAUCAGGAGUACCAAAAAAUCUCCCGCGACAUUGACUUUCUGAUUAGGAUUCACAUAUCCGCCAAGUACUUGAAACAAUGCGAUUCCCUGCAAACCGUGGAGGCCAGUGAACAAAAAAUAGAAGGCCGCAUAGCCAACUGCAAGGCUACGCACGCCAAGAACCUUGAAGAGGUUGAGCAAAUCGACUCAUCUGUCAAGGAAAUGCAGCAAAAAAUUGAUGCCGAAAUGGGUGGUUCGCUAAAAGAUCUUGAGGCGCAACUAAAUGCCAAGCGGGCGCUGGAAGCCACGGCUUCGGGAAGUUUAAAGGCAGCUCAAGGAACCAUUCAACAAGAUGAAAAGAAAAUUCGCAUGGCUGCGAAAAACAUAGAAGACGAUGUGCGUGCUUUGGCCAAGAAGGAGGCGGACAUGUCGAAGGUUCAGGGAGAGUUUGAGAGUCUGAAGCAAGCCGAUGCCACCGAUUCCAAGGCCUAUGAAGAUGCGCAACGCAAGCUUGAGGCAGUCUCGCAGGGUUUGUCCACAAACGAAGAUGGCCAGGCUACCACUCUGCAAGAUCAACUAAUCGCGGCCAAGGAACAGUUCAGCGAAGCUCAGACUACCAUCAAGACAUCCGACAUGGAAUUGCGUCACACGCGAGGGGUUUUGAAGCAAAAACAAAGCGAGACCCAGACUAAUGAUGCUGCCUACACAAAAGACAAAUCUUUGCAUGACCAGUUGCUGGCGGAGAUAAAGAACCUUGAAAAGCAAUUCAGCAACCUGAAUUAUGAGGGCGGACAGUUUGAGCAGCUGAGGGAGCGACGAAACGAGCUUCACAUGCGCAAGAGAGAGUUGAAGCGGGAACUGGACCGAUCGAAUGCCUCGCGGUACGAUCUGCAAUACCAGGACCCAGAGCCCAACUUCGAUAGGCGUAAGGUUCGAGGUUUGGUUGGGAAACUAUUCAAAGUCAACGAUAUGAGCAACUCGAUGGCUCUGGUGACAGCGGCUGGUGGUGGGUUAUACAGUUAUGUGACGGACGAUGAUGGAACCAGCAAAAAAAUUCUGCAGAAAGGACAGUUGCAGCGACGUGUCACAAUGAUUCCCAUUAACAAAAUUCAGUACAAGUGUCUGGACAAGAAUGUGGUGGAUUAUGCCCAAAAAAAAGUUGGCAGUGAGAAUGUCCAGUGGGCCUUGUCUCUCAUUAGUUACGAUCGCUUCUUCGAUCCUGUCAUGAAGUAUCUUUUUGGAAGCAUAUUCAUUUGCAGAGAUUUGGACAUUGCCAAGCAAAUCAGCUACGAUCCGCGCAUCAUGUGCCGUUCUGUGACUUUGGAAGGUGAUUUGGUGGAUCCUUAUGGUACUGUGUCCGGUGGUGCGGCGCCCAAAGGCAAUAAUGUCUUGGAGGAACUGUAUUCUAUCCGUCAAAUCGAAAAGGAAUACAAGGAAAUAGAACUGGAGUUGAUGCAGGUGGAACAACAAAUGGCGUCCAUUGAGAACCUGGCUCACUCCUAUAACAAGAUGAAGGAAAAUCUUGAGCUCCGGCAGCACGAACUUACCAUGUGCAAGAAUCGCUUGGCGCAGACCACUUUCCAGCAGAAUCAGGCGGAAAUAGAGGAGAUGAUAGAGCGGGUUAAGACUUUGGAGCAACAGGCAGUCGAUGCACGUGAGAAACAGAAGACAUCGCAAGCCAAAAUCAAGGAUAUCGAGGCCAAGCUGGCAGAUGCAAAGGGCUAUCGCGAACGGGAGCUGAAAUCAGCCACCAACGAGGUAAAGGCAGCCAAGCAGCGAGCGGAGAAGUCGCGGGCCAAUUGGAAAAAGCGAGAACAGGAAUUCGAAACGUUGCAACUGGAGAUCACUGAGUUGCAGAAGACUAUUGAAACGGCCAAGCAGCAACACCAGGAGAUGGUGGACAACCUGGAGAAGUUCAAAGCUGAUUUGGACGCCUUACAGAAGAACAGUUCCAGUGCAGCUUCUGAGGUUGUAGAACUAGAAAAGGAAAUUAAGGAGCAGAAGGACAAGCUAAACGCCCAAAACAAAGAGAUGCGAAACAUGCUGGUCAAGAAGGAAAAGAUGCUGAAGCAAAAUCAAGAAAUCGAGUUGGAGGUGAAGAAGAGGGAGAACGAGAAAAACAAGAUUAGCUCGGAGGCCAAGGAAGCCAAGAAGCGCAUGGAGGCGCUGGAGAAAAAGUAUCCCUGGAUACCCGAGGAAAAGAAAUACUUCGGCAUGAAAAACACACGCUAUGACUACAGCAAAGAGGAUCCAGUGGAAGCCGGCAACAAGCUGGUGCAGAUGCAGGAGAAAAAGGACAAAAUGGAACGAACACUGAACAUGAACGCCAUCAUGGUGCUGGAUCGUGAAGAGGAGAACUUCAAGGAGACUGAACGUCGGCGCACGAUCGUUGCCAUGGACAAGGAGAAGAUAAAAAAGAUCAUAGUUAAAAUGGACGAGGAGGAGCAGGAUCAACUGAAUAAGGCUGCCACCGAAGUAAACAAGAACUUUAGUGGCAUCUUCAGCUCACUUCUUCCGGGAGCCGAUGCGAAACUGAAUCCGGUUAAGACGAAUGGCUAUCUCACCGGUCUGGAGAUCAAAGUGGGCUUCAACGGCACCUGGAAAGAAAGUCUGGGUGAACUGUCUGGUGGUCAGAAGUCCCUGGUGGCGUUGUCUCUCAUCCUGGCCAUGUUAAAGUUCUCGCCGGCGCCCUUAUACAUUUUGGACGAGGUGGACGCCGCUCUGGACAUGUCGCAUACCCAGAACAUAGGCAGCAUGUUGAAGCAGCACUUUACCAACUCUCAAUUUUUGAUAGUGUCCCUUAAAGAUGGCCUGUUCAACCAUGCGAACGUUUUGUUCCGCACCUUGUUUGAGGAGGGGGUGUCCACCAUCACUCGGCAAGUCAGCCGGCAAGCUGCUUCACACAGGCGGUGAAUCUCAUUUUCUUUU